AUGAUUCUUCUAGCCGUGCUGCGGCUGUACGUUCUCUACACCACCCCGCGCGCGCAGCAGCGGGCGGUUGCGCCCGGGUGGCGCGGGGAGCGGGGGAUCGUGGCAGCUGCUGCACUGGCGCUGACGUGUGCGGUGGUCCCGCUGAUGCAGCUGAGCGCUCGCGUGUCACUGAGCUCUUUCUCUACAGAUGCGGAUUUACCGCCUUAUGAGGUCUGCUCCUUGAUCCUGGCCUUCCUCGCCUGGGCGCUCACUGCAACGGCACUCUUCUGGGAGCGCAAGCGCAUGGUCUGCUCCUUGAUCCUGGCGUUUCUUGCCUGGGCGCUCACAGCAACGGCACUCUUCUGGGAGAGAAGGCGCAUGACAGUGAAGGACGCAUGGCUGCUGCGAUUUGCGGUGCUCUACGUGAUGGUGGGGCAGCUGGCAAAGCUUCGGUUCAUGCUCAUUCUGCAGCAGGACUUCCAGGCGUCUUUCAGUCGUGCUGGCCCUCUUUUUCUUCCUCUGACUUUUGAGUCGACUCAAAAGUCAGCCCCUUCCCUUGCAUCUCCUUUGUUCGUGCUCCUAGGCUUACUCGCGCUCUUCUUCUUCCCCAACCUGCUCCCCCAAGAGCACCCUUCGCCAGGCCUCUCCUCCUCCUCCGCCCUCGCAGCCGCAGAGGCAGAGGCAGCACCGCUCUUGCCACCUGCAGAAGCAGCAGCAGCAGCAGCAGCAAGGGCAGCAGAGAGUGGUGGUGGUGCGGGGUAUGUGCCUUUGGCUGCAGGGCCUGUGGGUGGGGUGGAAGGAGAAGCAGCGGAGGAGGAGGGAGGAGACAACCAGGGGCAGGUGUGCCCGGAAGACCACACCAGCUUCAUCAACCGUACUCAUCUUUACUGGUCCCAAUCCGCAAUUCCCCUUUUACUGAUCCCAUUUCCCCCCUUCCCCUCCCCACUCUCUCCUCCCCCUAGGUCUGACGUUUGGGUGGAUGACGCCUCUCAUGGCUUUGGGGUACCGUCGCCCGUUGGAGGACAGCGACGUUUGAGCGCAUGUGGAGGGAAGAGAAGGGGCGCCCCAAGCCCUGGCUUCUGCGCGCCCUGCACUCCUGCUUUGGCCGCCGGUGAGGGGAGAGGAUGUGUGGGAAGGAUGGGAGGGAUGGGAGGGAGGGAGGGAUGGGAGGGAGAGACGGAGGGGAGGGAGGGGAGGGAUGGGAGGUUCUGGUGGGGUGGUUUCUACAAGAUCGGCAACGUUGCCUCUCAGUUCGUGGGACCGCUGAUGCUCAGCCGCCUGCUGUCAGCCAUGCAGUCGGGCGAGCCUGCAUGGCACGGCUACAUAUAUGCCAGCAUCAUCUUCCUGGGGCUGGGAGGAAAGGAGGGAAGGAGAAGAGAGGAGGAGGAUUCAUGGGAGAGGAGGAGGAUUCAUGGGAGAGGAGGAGGAUUCAUGGGAGAGGAGGAGGAUUCAUGGGAGAGGAGGAGGAUUCAUGGGAGAGGAGGAGGAUUCAUGGGAGAGGAGGAGGAUUCACGACAGCUCGCUCUGGAGUUUAUCAUGGUUGUCUGGGUGAUCUCACCGCACAUCACCCCGUUUAAUCCUGUAUCACCGCACACCACCCCUCUCCUGCACCCCCUGGGCACCAGCACCGCACAUCACCCCUCCUCCCUGCACCAGGUUGGAGGGGUCAUCUGUGAGGCGCAGUACUUCCAGAAUGUCAUGCGGGUCGGCUUCCAGCUGCGACAAGCCAUGGCCACGGGUGGUCGGUCGGUAGCGUGCUGUGCUGUUCAAUGGGGGGAAGAGUGCACUAUGGGGAGGGUGCACUGUGGGGAGGGUGCACUGGGGGCGGGUGCACUAGGGGGGGGGGUGUACUGUGGCAGCGGUGUUCAGCAAGUCCCUGUGGCUGUGCUAAGCAGUGUCCCCUUUUCUCCGCCAUCCUCUUUUCUGUGCCGUAGCAGCGGUGUUCAGCAAGUCCCUGUGGCUGUGCUAAGCAGUGUCCCCUUUUCUCCGCCAUCCUCUUUUCUGUGCCGUGACCCGUCCCAUGUGCAGGUGGCUGCGGUGUUCAGCAAGUCCCUGCGGCUGAGUCACAGUGGCAGGCAGGGCUUCAGCACGGGGCGCAUCACCAACAUGAUGACCAACGACGCUGAGUCGCUGCAGAUGGUGUGUCAGCAGCUGCACGGCCUCUGGUCGGCGCCUCUCAGAAUCCUCGUCUGCAUCUUCCUACUCUACCAACAGCUGGGGGUGGCAUCUGUGCUCGGCCUGCUAAUGCUGCUCCUCAUGAUCCUCGCCCAGGCGGUGAUAGUGAACAGGGUACAGAAGCUGGUGAAGGCAUCUCUGCAGCGCAGCGACAAGCGAGUGGCGCUCAUGAGCGAGGUGCUGCCAGCCAUGGACGCGGUGAUAGUGAAUAGGGUACAGAAGCUGGUGAAGGCAUCACUGCAGCGCAGCGACAAGCGAGUGGCGCUCAUGAGCGAGGUGUUGGCAGCCAUGGAUGUGGUCAAGUUGUACACGUGGGAGGGGAGCUUUCAGAGCAAGGUGGCACACGUUCGAGUGGAUGAGAUGGGGCAGAUUUCCAAGGCGCAAUACAUCAUGGCGAUCAACUUCCUGCUGAUGAGUGUGCUGCCAGUGCUGGUGACGGUGGUGUCGUUCGGCUGCUACUCGCUGCUGGGCCACCAGCUCACAGCCGCCAAGGCCUUCACCUCCAUCUCCCUCUUCGCUGUGCUGCACUAUCCCCUCCACAUGUUCCCCAGCCUCAUCACCCAGGUGGUGAACGUGAAAGUGUCUCUCACGCGCCUGCAGGAGAUGCUACUGGCAGACGAAACAGACAUUGACGCCCAUGCGCCGCCCGUCGACCCGGCCAAGCCGGCAGUCGAGGUCUCCCAUGCUUCCUUCGCCUGGAGCGCUGCUAACAGUGCUCCCACUGCUGCUGCUAACAGGGCUCCAACUGCUGCUACUGCCAACGGUGCUGCUGGGGGAGGGGCAGGAGGAGGGGGAGAAGGCAAGGAGAAGGGUGGAGUGGGAGGGGAGGGGAAGGAGAAGGACGUGGGGGGCACACUAACGGAUGUGACUCUAUCGGUGGAGCCUGGGAAGCUGGUGGCUGUUGUGGGCGCCACAGGGCAAGGCAAGCCGUCGUUGGUCAGUGCACUGCUGGGGCAAGGCAAGUCGUCGCUGGUCAGUGCGCUGCUGGGUGAGAUGCCCAUGGUGUCAGGGGACUCUCCUCCAAUCAUCAGAGGCCGCGUGGCCUAUGUCUCCUGGAUCUUCAACGCUACAGUGCGCGACAACAUUUUGUUCGGGCUGCCCUAUGACAAGCAGCGGUACGAGCGGGCAGUCCAAGUCAGCGCCCUGGAGAGAGACCUGGAGCUGCUGCCAGGGGGGGACCUGACGGAGAUAGGCGAGAGGGGUGUGAACGUGAGUGGGGGGCAGAAGCAGCGCAUCAGCAUCGCGAGAGCGGUCUACUCCGUCGCCGAUGUGUUCCUCUUUGACGACCCACUCUCCGCCCUCGACGCCCACGUCGCCAAGCAGGUGCGUGCUUUGAUGCUCCGGGGCCCUCAACCACCAGCUCGAGUCCUCUACCUCUCCUCCCCGCUCUCCCUCCCCCGCAUUGACUGGGUGGUGAUGGUGGAGAGGGGGGGCAUAGCAGAGCAGGGGAUGUCGCUGCACCUCCAUCCUCCUCAAUCCCUUUUCUUCACUUCCCCCGCCCUCCCACUUGAACCCUCGUCCCCCCUUGAACCCUCGUCCCCCCUUGCAGCUGUGGACUGGGUGGUGAUGGUGGAGGGGGGGCGCAUAGCAGAGCAGGGGCCGUAUGGGCAGCUGAAGGCGUCGGCACCCAAGUUCCAGAGGCUGCUGGAGAAGGCAGGCGCGCUGGAGGAGCAUGGGGACGCGGAGGUGGGCAAGGACGGAGGAGAAACAGCCGGUGGGAGUGAGACAAGCGCUGAAGCGGCAGCUGCUGCUGCAAUGUCUGGCAGCAGCAGCAUCAGUGGUGGUGGUGGUAGUGGCGGGGGUUCUGCUGCUGCAGAGAACGGCUUUUCUAGCAGCAGCAACCAAGUUGGGGAGAAGAGCGGAGCAGGGAAUGGGGAGAGAAGCGGAGCAGGGAAGGGGGGGAAGAGCGGAGCAGGGGGAACAACCCUAGUGCAGGCGGAGGAGAAGGCGCAGGGGGUGGUGAGCGCAGCGGUGGUGUGGCGGUAUGUGAGGGCCAUGGGGGGGUCGGGCGUGCUGGCAGUGCUCAUCUCGCUCUACGUGCUCGUGGAGGCCGCCAGGGUGCUGGCGAGCGUGUGGAUCAGCGUUUGGACGGGGUCCGUGUCUCAGGAGGGUGGGGGGAGACAAGGGUCGCUGUACUUCGUGGCGGUGUAUUCGCUCAUCUCGCUGGGCCAAGUGCUGCUCACCUUCGCCAACCAAUACUUCCUGGUGUUUUCUUCCCAGAGAGCAGCUCGUCGCCUGCACGAUGCCAUGCUGGCAGCCAUUCUGCGAGCCCCCAUGUCCUUCUUUCACACCAACCCCGUUGGGCGUCUGAUCAACCGCUUCACCAAGGAUACAGCGGACAUAGACAAGAAUCUCGCGCAGUACACGUCGCUGUGCCUGGGCGGCAUAUUCCAGCUGCUAUCCACCUUCGCUCUCAUCGGCGUUCUCAACACCGUCGCCCUCUGGGCCAUCGUGCCACUGCUGCUCCUCUUCUACAUCGUCUACCUCUACUUCCAGAGCACUGCACGGGAGGUGAAGCGCUGGGACUCCGUCACGCGCUCUCCCGUCUACUCCCAGGUGCGAUUCGAGGCAGCUCAGAAUAAUUAA